AAACCAGGUGCAGAGAUGGCCCCGAAUAGGGAGGGCGGGGCUUGUGGAAGUGCGGUGGAGGAUCUCCUCAGCAGCAGCAGCAGCAGCACAAGGCCGCGGUACACGAUAAUGGCGGAUGGCCCCAGGUGCCAGCGCAGAAAGCAGACGAAGCCGAGGAGAAAUAACGCAGCUGAAGCUAAAGACGUGAAAAGGAACAGAGUCUCCGUUAAACCGUCAUCGGGAGCCAGAGACGCGCGUUCACUGCAGCAAAUGGCAACUUGUGCAGUUAGAGUUUUUACAAAAGUGUCAGAAGCAGUGUCAGAUUCUGAUGAUGAAGAUAAACUCCACAUUGUGGAGGAAGACAGUAUUCUUGAUGCUACAGAGGAAAAGCCAACAGUAUCCAAGCUAAAUGCAGCACAGCAAUUACACAAGGGACAUAAACCGAAUGAUGGCAACCUGGGGCCAGAUGCUUUGAUAGAAGAAAUAAGGAUCAAAGAGGAGUGUAUAACUGAUGAAGAGGAUGAAGACGAUCAGAUCCCAUGGCAGAGGAAGACAGAGGUCAUUUGUCCAAGCAUUCCUGAGGAGGAACAGAGCACACCAGAUAGAGGAGUCCAUGAUGAUAAUGGUACUUCUGAUGAGUUCUCUCAGCUCUACUCAUGUCCAUAUUGUUCCCGGGGUUACAAGCGUCACACAUCACUGAAGGAGCACAUCAAACUACGUCAUGAAAAAAACAAAGAUGACUUCAGUUGCUCCCUCUGCAGCUACACUUUCACCUAUCGCACACAGCUUGACAGACACAUGAAUGCUCACAAAAAUGGAAGAGAGCAGAGGAUGGUUUCACAUUCGGGAGGAAAUAGAAAGUUCAAAUGUACAGAGUGUACUAAAGCCUUUAAAUAUAAACAUCACCUAAAGGAACACCUGCGCAUCCACAGCGGUGAGAAGCCAUAUGAGUGCUCUAACUGUAAGAAGCGCUUCUCUCACUCUGGCUCCUACAGUUCUCAUAUCAGCAGUAAGAAGUGUGUAGCAAUCCCCCCUGCUGUUAAUGGCUUGUCUCACACUCCUGGAGUCAAAGCAGCUCUAAGUCUGACUGAACCUACACAUAUCCUAUUGCGGGAGAAAGUUGACAAUAACAAACCUUCAGAGGAACAGCUUCCUCCUAAGAAGAUUAAAGAAGAGCCUGAUGAGCAUGAAAUUAAAUCUAUCAGAACUUCACCGGAUGUUUCAACAACCACCAUCACCACUACCAGCAGUACUAAUAAUGGGGGUGGAAUUUCUGUUCAGACUGCUGCUUCUCAGGGUGUGGUACAGACAUUAGUUCUACCUACUGUAGGUCUAGUUCAGCCAAUUAGUAUCAACCUACGAGACUUACAGAACAUGCUGAAAGUGUCAGUGGAUGGGAACAUGAGGUGGCAUCCUGUGACUAGCUCAAAUGUUAAUGGAGCUAGUUGUAAGGUUGUUAAUCCGGGGCAGCCACAAGCACAAACAAUGCUUGUGCCGUCUCCCUCUCCACACUUGCAGGUGAUUUCAGCAUUUUCUCUCCCUGUGCUGGAUCAGGACGGAAAUUCGAAAAUUAUCAUAAACUAUAGUGUAGACCCACAAGUAAGCACAUCAGAUUUGAACACAGCACAGUCAGUAUUACCAUAUCAAACUGUGGCCAAAGUAAAAGUGCUAGAGGGACCAGCAGAUGUGGGAAAGUUAAAUGCAGUGCAACAUACAAAAUUGGCAGAAACUAACACAACACAGCCCAAUGUCACUGCAACUCAAAAACCACCUACCUCUAGACCAGUUCCUACACAACUAAGUAUACUUAAAUCCACACAGUCAGUUGCUACAAAUAAAGCAGCCUCAAUUAUAAAGGUCACAAAGCUGAUCCCAGGACAGACAAAGCAUUCACAACCAGCAUUUUUGUUUCUAAGGACAGUAAAUGGGCCUCAGGGAAUGGUUGUAAGACAGUUAGCACCUGCAAACCUACAAGUAACUCCUACUAUAGAAACGACAGAUCUGAAAUCAACCCCAGAAUAUACCAUCAUGUCAGCAGAACAAAAUUCACUCACUGAGCUGAACCAUGUUGCAGAAGAGACCAGUUCCUCUAGGGACAACUGCCAGCCUGAAGACCUGAGGUCUGCUUUGCAACAGGGAAUUCAGUUCAAAACUGAAACGGAGUCUGAGAUUAAGACAGAUUGUGAAGAAGCUUCACCGAUAGAGAAACAGAGAGAAAGGAAAGAGGAAAUGACUGCAAAGAAACAUUCAACAACGGCUCACAGAAGUAUUGUUUGUGGUGAUGGCUUCCAUAACUAUGCUACAUGUCUUUUUUGUGACAACAGCCCCAGCAGCACUGAUACCCUGAAUUGUCUCAACAGCAUUGAACAAGGAUCUGACAGGUCUCUUUCUUCUCUGAUGGGGGAAAAAGACUUUAGACGUUCAGAUCAGCCUCCAGUGAAGAGUCUCCUGCCGCUCCUUGAGGCAUACAGCAAAGAUUCACACCCCAGUGAAGAGCAGGUGUCUCGAGUUGCAGAACUUGUUAGUUUACCUAGGGAUGUGGUCAGUAGGUGGUUUGAAAGAAUGCGCUUAAAGAACAUACUACACAGCCCUGAAAAUCCUCAAAAUGGGCAACAGACUAUUGUAGAUUCUCAAGCAGAGCCCAGUAAGGAUACCCAGACCCAAAUCGUGGACACUCCAGCUGAACUUCACAAAGAGGACUCAGUGGGCCAGAACAUUGACUCUCCUCCUCUAAACUUCUCUACAAAUGGUAUUGGCAUCAUAAAGACAGAGGAUCUGGAAGACAAAGGGCAGGCCGAACCUUUGGAUCUCUCCCUCCCAAAAACCUCUUGUUGUAAUGGUAAUACCACUGUCGACAUUGCAGUGUCUGACAGCAAGCCAUUUGUCCCCACUCAAGACGAACCGCUCAAUCUCACAAGUUUCAAGAAGGACACAUUGGAUGGCAACACCAUUUAUGUGACACAGUCCAAUACAAGUCCGAUAAAGAUCAUAGCCACACCUUUGCCAACUCUGGUUGCCAUAGCAGAGCCUGGUGGAAUUCCCUGUCUCAGAGCGGCCAUCACCACCAAACAUCGCACCAUCCUUAUCCCACAGCUGUCCUAUACAUACACUUCCCCUUCCACCAGUGGCAAGGCUAACACCACCAUUUCCUCCAGCAAUAAGUGUAGCACCAUCACCACACCACUAUCCACAGACACACAGGGAAUAGUACUUAAUGGCAGUGAGCCUUCCCAUUUUUUUCAGAAGGAGAAGACUGAUGCUGGAGAUGAAUCCAUGUCCGGGUGGGAUGGGCUGAACGACUGCAACCUUUCCCCCAUCAAGAAACGGAGAAAGAUGCAUGGUGGCCAGUAUGCAUGUGACCUAUGUGACAAAAUUUUCCAGAAGAGCAGCUCUUUACUACGUCACAAAUAUGAACAUACAGGUAAACGUCCUCAUGAGUGUGGAGUCUGUAAAAAGGCAUUUAAACACAAGCACCACCUUAUUGAACAUUCACGUCUACACUCUGGAGAGAAACCAUACCAGUGUGAUAAAUGUGGUAAACGCUUCUCGCACUCCGGUUCUUACUCCCAACACAUGAACCAUCGCUACUCCUACUGCAAGAAGGAGGUUUAUGAUCACCCAGAGCCAAAUAAUACUUCAUCUACACCUCCCUCACAGCUUGACUCAGAUGAGAGGGAGAGUGAAGCUGAGGAGGAGAUAGAUGAUGAUGAAGAACUAGAAGGAGAAAAAGAGGGUGAAGAAGAUUUUUCUGGAUUUGACAUGAGUGAUAUAAGGGUGGUCAAGGUCGGUGAAGAAUAUGAUGAAGAGGAGGAGGAAUUGGGGAGGGAAGAGAAAACACAGUUGACAGAAGAGGACCCUGCUGAGUUGGAUACUCUGGAAAAGGGUGAAGUGGUGAAGACAUGUGGCAUGGAAGAGCAAAUGAUGGAGUGCAAAACAGAUGAGGAACUAGGGAAAUCAAUAGAGAAUGAUGUGCUUAAUGACGCUAUUGAGAAUAAGUAAUGAUCUUUCUCUCCUAUUGCUCUGUGAAAGACAAAGGCUUGAAGAGCCCUUGGUUGACUCUUGAAGACCGUGGUAAAGUGUGUUUUACUGUGUAUGAAUCACAGGUGUGCCUAAUCCAAAAUUACAGCAGUCUGUAAACUAGCUAUAUAACAAAUCAGAAAAUUCUAACCAGAUUCAGCUGAAAGGUUUUACUUUACUAAAUCCUGCAGUUGUUUGUUACUGUUACGGAUGACUUUCUUUGAAUUGUUCCAUCUGCAGUCAGGUGACAUUUCUACAUUUUUAUUGUCAGUGAAGUUUACGAAAUCAGUAUUUUAUCAAUAUUUUAGUAAAAACUUUUAGAUAAAAAGUGAAAUGCACUGUAGGUACAUUUAUGAUUUUAUUUAUGGAUACAUAAUGCCUCAAGUAAAUACCAUUCAGUAUUUCUUUUCUAAUUAGGCCAUCCAGUGUUAGCAUAGAAUGUUUGUUUUUGUCUCUGUAUGAAGGAAAUAAGUCUGCACUUACAUACUAUGGGAUCAUCUAUAACGAUUACAAUUUAGUGAUCUAUGUAAUCCAUUAAACAGCUAAAUCUAAAUUAUUAUAUUUAUGGCAUUCAUUUUAAUAUGUAUCUGUAUAAAUUUCUAUGUAAACACUCCUAAAAUCUUUAUGAAGUGGUUAUCCUGGCUAUGAUGGUGAUUCUUUAUAGAUGAUACAUACUAUAAAGUGCACUUUUCUGUGGUAUAGUUUGUAGGAACAUGACUGCUUUGAAAACACUUCAGUCAGGGAAUUAUUUGUUACAAACUUAAAACCAGUGUUAACUUUCCUUCCCUUUCACAAAAUUAUAUUCACUUAAGGGUGCGGUAGAGGUCCAUGAAUGAGUAUGUAUAGAAAUACAUCUAAUAUAGACUUUUAAUUUUAUAGCAUCAUCAUCAUGUCUUUUUAGAAAGGUUAAAAUAGUAACACUUGUUAAUUUUACCAUUUGUACUAGUUUAUCCCUUAAUUUUGAAGUCAUUAUUAAUACAAGUAUUUAAGUAAUGUGAAGUAGUUUUGAAGAUGAGCCAGUUUAUCAUAUGCAGUAAUAUGAUAACACAUCGUUUCACUCUUAGCAUUAGUGAAUUCCUAGUGUGUUCAAUUGUGAUGGAUGAACUAGGUUCUAGGGAACCCCUCACCAGCCUUAUGCAAGACCGCCAAGCUGUAUGUGCCAUUCCUUUUGUUUUUCUAAUCCAUAAACAAAUUGAAUCAUAAAGACAAUUUAUGAAGUAUUUUAAAAUUUGUCCAGAUGUGUUGUCUUUAACAACGUAGGUUUCAUUUGGACUUAUUUAAGAAUUUAAUAAGGCCAGUUGAAGGAUUUAUCAUGAUGGCUAAGUAAAUCAUUAUUUUUUUUAUUUUUUUUUGUGGGGGUUACAUUUUAUCUGAUUCUGGCCUUCUUAUGGCUGCUUAUUUUAUCUUAGGGUGGUUAAAGAACAGUUCUAUUUGAAAUGGUCUGGUUGCCAUCUGUUUGGAAUUUUAGAAUUAAAAUAUUUUCCCCAAUAAUGAAGCAAUACCAGAAUUAUGUUAGUUAUUAUCUUACUUAUCUUGGCUAUUAUACACUUAGAGUAAUUACAUAAUGCAGUACAUUGGCUAUUAGUGGAACAAAGGUGUGGCCCCCACACUACUGUCAGAUUAAGUCAUAGGAAAAGGAAGAAAUGACAAUUUGACACCGAAGGAAUGAACACAUUCUAGUGAAGGAGUGCACUUGAAUGGUGUGCAUGUGUGUUUAAUGUUAUUUUACCCAUUACUCAUUACAGUAUUAUUCAUUGUGAUGUAUUAUUUCUAAAUAUGUGUUUACAUCAAUGCACAUGUAUAUUAUGUAUUUUUACCAUCAGUAUUAAAAUAUCAAUGACAGUGUUUAGUACUUGAUAAGAUUUUCUACUUUUUUUUCACCACACAUAUGUACAACAGCAUAGUUUGUACUAAAGUCCUAUACAGGUCGGACUAGUUUUAAAUGUGAGGUUCAUUAUCAGGGUAAUUUUUAGAGACUGUGUGUCUGGAAAGAUUAGGAUGAAAUUUUCUUUCUGUACAGUGGCCAGUUAAAAGAAAACACAAGAUAAUACAAUUGAGGACAAAAGUUGACAUUCACUUAGUUGUUUUUCACAACUACACACAUUUCAUGCAACCACACAUUUCUUGUGAGUCUGUUGUGCUGUCUAGUUUCUAUAAGAAGUUAUUUCAAAAUAAUUUUCAUUUUGAGAGACUUUUAUUUCAAAUUGUAUUUACUAUAACCAAAUUUACUUUGAGUCAGAAGUUUACAUAAACUCUGUUACUAUUUGGUGGUAUUGCUUUUUACUUGAACCUAUAGGUUAACCCUACCCCCACCCCCACCCC